CCUGAAGGACCGCGAUGGCGGACGUGUCGGAGAGGACGCUGCAGUUCUCCGUGCUUGUAGCGUUUGCUUCCGGAAUCCUCGUGGGCUGGCAAGCGAACCGGCUCCGGAGGCGCUACUUGGACUGGAGGAAGAAGAGGCUGCAGGACAAGCUGGCGGUGACACAGAAGAAGUUGGACCUAGCCUGAGACCGUCGCCGCCAGUCCCCACGGGCCCCUUCCGUCACCACGCGGUGCUGUGGCCUGGCGCCCCGAGCCCGGCUCGCCGCACACACCGCGCGCUGCCGGCUCUGCUCCGAGAGGCGCUGGACACAUGUCAUACAUGGAUAUAGUACGGCUGGAAAGAAAUACUUCUUGCACUUUAUGAAGCAAUUUUAUUUUUAGAAUAAAAUAAAAAAUGUAAACAUCUUAGACCCUUUUUACAAAAGGA